AUGGCCACUUCAAAUAUUGCAGCCUCUUGCAAAAUGGCCAUGAUAUUGUCGUUGGCUCUGAUGGGGGCUUUUGGCAUGCCAGCGGCAGGCAGCUCCUCAGCUCAACUCUCCACAAACUUUUACCGCCGAAACUGCCCUCAGCUCCUCUCCACUGUCAAAUCCAUCCUUAAAUCUCAUAUCUCGAAGGAACGCCGCAUGGGAGCUUCACUCCUCUGUCUCCACUUCCACGACUGCUUCGUCAACGGGUGCGAUGGAUCGGUGCUCCUAGAGGACAGAGGGUGGUUCAGAGGGGAGCAUACCGCAGCUCCCAACAACAAUUCACUCAGAGGUUUCAAUGUGAUUGAUAAGAUUAAGUCUAGAGUUGAGAAGCUGUGUCUUGGCGUGGUGUCGUGUGUUGACAUCCUGACGAUCGCUGCUCGUGAUUCGGUUGCACUUCUGGGAGGGCCCCAUUGGGACGUUAAACUUGGGCGAAGAGACUCCAAAACAGCAAGCUUUUCUGAUGCCAACAGCGGAGUCCUUCCUGCACCCUCCUCCCCUCUCUCCCUUCUCAUCUCAAGCUUUAAAGAUCAGGGCCUUUCCAUCACUGGCUUGGUUGCUUUGUCCGGUGCGCAUACAAUUGGAGUGGCAAGAUGCGGGACGUUCAGAAGUCGUAUAUACGAAGGGAGAAAUAUUGAUGGUUUAUUUGCAAAGAAGAGACAGCAGCAAUGUCCGAGAAGGGAGGGGUCAGGCGACAACAAUCUCGCUCCCUUCGACAUCCAAACGCCCAUGCUUUUCGACAACAACUACUUCGGCAACCUUAUUAAGAAGAAGGGUCUGCUCCACUCCGACCAGGUGGUGUUCUCCGGUGGGCCCACCGCAUCUCUGGUCAGAAAGUACAGCACAACCAGUGGGGCUUUCAAUCGGGACUUUGUUAGAGCCAUGAUUAAGAUGGGAGAUAUCAAACCCCUCACUGGCUCCAAGGGAGAGAUUAGAAAAGUGUGUGGGAAGCCCAAUUAACAUCUAGCUACCA